AUGAAUUCUCUGGGCCGGCUUUUCUUUGUUCAUGACUCUUUCUCCCCCUUCUCUUUCUACACUCUCUCUCAUUCUCAUCCUCUCUCUCUAGCCGGCAGCGGGCGGGGAGACAAUUUCUUCGCCGCCGCCGACUCACCAUCGGUACACACAGCGCACACCACGGGACGCACCGGUGCGGCCGCUCGCACGCUCAAGGCAAGACCGCAUUGGGCUGCGGCGGCAUGCGGAAGGCACCAGCAAGGCACCAGCUUGCCUGCCUCCACGCUUGCAGGUCGGCACGCUUGCGAGGUUGUAUGCUUGCGGGCUUGCAGCGCGACCGGCGACCGGGCAAGGCAAGGCAAGGCAAGGGAGCGAUUCAAUGGCAUUUAUUGGUAUACCAGAUUCCCAGUCACCAUCCCAUCCCAUCCUAUCCUCCCAUCCUCCCAACUCCUCACACACAUACAUACACACUCCCACCCCAAUCCCUCCAAACCAGACCCCUUCUCCUUACCCACCUUCUCAAUCCCCCCAAACCACAAAGAAUCCAAACCACAUUUCACGCCAACCCAACCCAUCCCCUACACAACUACCCUACCGCAUUCCCCUCCCUCCCUCCCUUCCCUGUGCAAGCGAAUCGACCAAGAAUCUGAAUCUAAUCAAGCGAGCAAAUACGGUCCCACAGCCCUGCUGGCCUAUCUGCCGGCUCUGGCUGGCUUACUGGCUGUGUGGCCGACUGACGGGCUGGCUUCGCUUGGAUACUGGGAAGAAGAUGAGGGGAGCCUGGGAGGUUGA